AUGCCCGUCCUCCUCCUCCUCGCCUACGCCGCGCUCGCCAUGGCCGCGCUGCGCCUGGCGCUGUCGCACAGGUCCGCGCUCCACGCGCUGCGCCGGCUGUGGCGCUGGACCGACGACCAAACGCAGGCGUACCAGCUCCACGAGGUGCCACGCAGGCUCCGCGACGUCGACGGCCUCAACCAGGAGAACCCGCUCUUCCGCAAGGCCGCGGCGUACGUCUCCUCCCUGCCCUCGCUCGAGGACGCCAACGCCGUCUCCGUGCUCUCCUCCUCUGCCAACAAGACCCACGGCGGCUUCUCCCUCCGCCUCGGCCCCGGCCACACCGCGCGGGACGCCUUCCUCGGCGCGCGCCUCCAGUGGACCUGCCUGGCCCGCGGGGACGGCGGCCAGGAGGAGGCCCUCGUGCUGCGCGUGCGCCGCCACGACCGGACCCGGGUGCUGCGGCCCUACCUGCAGCACGUCGAGUCCGUGGCCGACGACAUGGAGCUGCGUCGGCGCGAGCUUCGGCUCUUCGUGAACGCCGGUUGCGGCGGCGUGGACGGGGCGCCGAGGUGGGCGUCGGCGCCGUUCGCGCACCCUGCCACGCUCGACGCCGUGGCCAUGGACCCGGACCUCAAGGCCCGCGUGCGCGCCGACCUGGAGAGCUUCUCCAAGGGCCGCGCAUACUACCACCGCCUCGGCCGCGUCUGGCGCCGGAGCUACCUCCUCCACGGCCCGCCCGGCACCGGCAAGUCCACCUUCGCGGCCGCCAUGGCGCGCUUCCUCGGCUACGACGUGUACGACGUGGACCUGUCCCGCGCCGACGUCGUCGACCUCCGCGCGCUGCUCAUGCGCACCACCCCGCGCUCGCUCAUCCUCCUCGAGGACCUCGACCGCCACCUGCAGCUCCAAGGUGCCCAAGGCGACGGCGCGGAGGCGCGGGUGCUCAGCUUCAUGGACGGCGUGUCCUCGUGCUGCGGCGAGGAGCGCGUGAUGGUGUUCACCAUGCGGGGCGGCGCGCCCUUGCCCGCGGCGGUGACGCGGCCGGGGCGGCUGGACGUGCACGUCCGGUUCACGCUCUGCGACUUCGAGGCCUUCAAGGCGCUGGCCGGGAGCUACCUGGGGCUCACGGACCACAAGCUGUUCCCGCAGGUGGAGGAGGGGUUCAACGCCGCCGGCGAGCGCCGCCCCAGCCCCGCGGAGCUGGGCGAGAUCAUGCUGGCCAACCGCGCGUCCCCGAGCCGCGCGCUGCGCACCGUCAUCACGAGGCUCCAGCUCCAGCGCGCGUCCGAAGGCUCGGCCGCGCCGACAACAGCGCCUCCGCGGAUGCCGCACCGGCGGAUCACGAGCUGGUCAGGGGCCGGGCAGUGGGACGGCGGGGCGGAGGAGGAGGCGGGGACGACGGGCGGCGGCGCGUUGGGCAAGGACGCGGCGCCGAUGCGGGAGCUGAAGAAGCUGUACGGGCUGAUCAAGACGAGGAGCCGGAAGGAGGGCUCCGGGGUCGCGCCGUCGGAGGAAGGCGAGGCGGCGGCGACGGCGGCGGUGAGCGGGCGCUGGUCCGGGUCCGGCAGCAACCACGGCAUGGAGCGGUGA